UGAUGCCUAUAAAAUGAAUUUUGAACAUGUGGAUGAAUACCAGUAGAUUCAGUUCUUUGAUAAGAAACCGACCAAGUGUAGCACUCGCAGACUAUGACAUUUCAGAUAGAAGAUCCUCUGCAAUGUCUUCACUUCUAUUACUAUUCGCCUUAUUCGAGGGUAUGUGUGGUUUUGUUUUACCGAUUUGUUCUGCAUUUCGUGUAUCCAGUAUAUCACAAAAACGAUAUUACUAUGAAAAUUUUUUAAUUUUUCAAUAUUGUUUAUCAAUUUUGGCAUUGGCUUAUUUACAAUCAUUAAUAUUCUAUUAUGAUCGUAAAGAGAAUUUACGUCAUAAACAAGAAAUGCAUUUUAUGCAACAAAUGAAUGAAGCUAGACAAAGAUGGCCAGAUCAUCAAAGUUCCAUGGAAGAAGUACAGAAUAAUAAUAAUAAUAAUAAUAAUAAUAAUAAUAAUCCUAUGCAUAAUGACAAUCGAACUAAUCAUCACAAUACUACUAAUAAUACUACUAAUAAUAAUAUAAAUAAUUUUGGUGAAAGACAAUGGAAUUUACAAUUACAAAAUGGUGAAGAUAAAUUACGCUUGGUUACAUUUAUUCAUGAUGUACAUGAAUUAAGCACGGAUGGUUAUAGUGAUUCAAUAUCGAAUCAUGGGAAUACACGAAAUAUGAAAUAUUUGGAAGAUCAAACGUGUUUCAUCGAUCAAGACGAUGAUAAUAUUAGUUCAAUUGGAUAUGAAGAAAAUUCAUUUGAAGAAAGCGUAAAAUUAUCAAACAAUAAGUCAAAUCAAAAUGAACAAAAACAUUCAACCCAAGGUGUUAAAUUUACAAAUCCUAUCAUAGCUCCAAUCAAACAGAAAGAUGAUGGUUUUAAUAUUCAUAAGAAUAGUAUUAUUAUCAAGAUUUAUAAUACUGAUGAAGAAGACGAAGGAGAACAAGAGAUCAUCAAUUCCAGCAAACUCACUGACAAUAAUAAUAAUAAUAAUAAUAUUAAUAAUGAUAAAAGUCAAACAAAUAUUCAUAACGAACCUAAUGAUAUGGAAUUACACCUUAACACAAUACACAACUUUAAUCAUACUAUGGAUUCUAGUAAUAAUAACAAACAAAAUUAUACUACUGAUAAUGAGAAAAGUAGUAGUAACACGAAUAAUAAUAAUCAUAACGAUAACAAUACUGAUAAGAAUGAUUUACAACAAAUUAUAAAAACAAAUAAUGUUUAUCUUACAUUGAGUAAUGUUAAACAAUGCAAUAGUUGUAUUCAACAACCUACCAUAGUUAAUACUAGCAGUGAUGCUAUUUUUGCAAAUGAAAAUACCUCGUUAAAGAAAUCAAAUCAAAAAGGCAAUUAUUUAACAAAAAAACCUAAACACAUGAGUAUUUCUACAGAGAAUACACAACGAAAGACAUCAUGUUGUUCUGAACGAACAGGCAAUGCUAUACAAUGUGGUUCAUUUUAUCCGCUGGCAAUUUUAUUCGGUGAUAAACCAACAGUAUCUAGACGUGAAUGUUAUUUUUCACGUGAUACCGAGGGGGUUAAUUUGUAUUUACGUUUAGGUGCUGUAGGUUUUGGUUUUGGUGUAAUGAUAUUCGAUGGCUUCAAAAUAGCUGAACCAUGGGAAGAAGGAGCUAAUAGUAUGGUUUCUUGUCAUGGAUAUUUAUGGAUACCGUUACAUUUAUUACAUUUUGUCUAUGUAUUUUGGCAAACCUACUUCUUGUUUAAACAUCAUCGGGUUGUAUUCAAUGUACAAAAAUUUGUUCUACGCUUUCUUUUAUGUCAUUUGGCUGUCGCCAAUUUAUGUCAAUGGUUAAAAACCAUUGUUGAUGAAAUUGGCAGUGAACCUGCACAUGAAGAAGAGCUGAUGUCCGCUGAUUCACCGAUAGUAUUUCCAUCAGAAUAUUUUUUCGAUACAAACGCACCAUAUAGUAGUAAUAAUAUUAAUAAUAAUAAUAAUAAUAAUUAUAGUAAUACAAAUUUCCAGAAUUAUACAAAUAGUGCAAAGUUGUCAACUUUCAAUUUAACUAAUUCAACCAAUAUAGUUAUAUCGCUGACUAGAAAAAAACGUGGUGACAAUGUGACAGCGCCUCAUACAAAUUAUGAAGAUUCAGCAAUGCAUGCAGCUGAACAAGCAGUGUUAGGAUGUGGUGUAACAGUCAAAUACUUAGCACCAUAUUUAUUUCCAUGUGCAAUUGAAUAUAGUUUAAUAGCUGGUGCAAUAUUUUAUAAAAUGUUUGAAAAAGUUGGUCAUGUUCGGAAAGAAUCAGAACGUUUGGAAAAAUUACGUAAAGCUAAUCCAAAAUUAAGUCAAUUCUCUGAAUGUCAUCGUUCACAUAAAGGUUUAUUUGUUGGCCUACUAUUAUUUAUGGCUACAUUAGUGGCAAUGAGUUUAUUUUUUAUUUUCAUAGUAAAACGUGAUCGACGUAACACAGCAAUUACAUUAUAUCAAGGAACAGAACUUGUGUUAUUAUCUGUUAGUACAUUAACAUGUUUAACUAGUUUAUUUCGUUUACAAGCAUUGAAAUUAAGUGAUCUAUCAGAAGAAGUAGCAUUUGAUGAUAAUUUAUUAUUGAUCGGUUUAGUUGGAAUGUUAUUCUAUGAUUUAUUCUUAUUAGUACCUGCAUUAGAAGCUAUACCGAAUGGUGUGAUUGCGGCCAAGUUAUAUGCAGCUAAAGCUAUUAUGGAAAUGAUUCAAUCGAUGUUACAAGUAUUUUUCAUAUUAGAAGCAUCAAGACGAUGUGCCGGAACAUUAGAACAUGUACAAAAAAAACCUGGACGUACAAUGAUUACAUUUUUACUGGUAUUAAAUUUAGCUAUGUGGUUUGUUAAUACAUUCGAAGUGAAACAUGCUGAUAAUCAUAGUAUACAUAUAAAUUAUUAUUCAUCAAUGGCAUGGAAAAUUAUUACACAUAUUGCAUUACCACUGAUUGUAUUUUUUCGUUUUCAUUCCACUGUUUGCUUGUCAGAUAUUUGGGCAAAUGCUUAUCGUUUUAGAACAGAAUGAAAAAGGACAUUGUUUCAUGUCCUCUUUUAUUUUCAUUUCUUCCAUUCCAUGCUGUCAAUCAAUCAAUCAGUUUACUUGUCAGUCUACUUAUUACUUACUACUUGACAGUCUAUGAUUGAGAUAGUAAGAGUAGUAAGUUAUGCAUAGAAGCUCAUUUGGGGUAUCAUUCAUGAUUGAGUGUAAUCAACUGUUUGUUUCUUUGUUUGUUCAUGUUCUGUAAAGACUAUUCUUUAUAUCGAAACAGUUUGGAUGAUAAUGAUGAUGAUCGCAAUACUGCGAUUGUUUUCACCUGUUUCUUUAUAAACCGUUUGACUCUAUUGUCCUUACAUAUUUUGGGAAAUAUAUAUAUAUAUGCAUAUAUAUAUAUGUGCAACUCAAAGCCAUAUUCUUAUCAUGUUGUGUAGAUGAAAUUUUUCAAUAUUAUUAUUUGUGAAAAUACAAUUUGUGUAUAUUUAUUGACAUUAUUUAAUAUUGUUUGUUUUAUUAUUUAUUGAAAAAAUUGAACAUUAAAUUUCGCAAGAACAAA